AUGGAACUCUCGAUUAGCGCCACAUGGUGGGGGACUUGUACCGUGAAUACCCACAAAGCAGCUGCUCCAUUGCCUAGAAUUCAGAUUCAAUUGCUGCGGUCCCAAGUGUCCGACGUUCUUCAGUCAGCUUGCAUCAAGACCGGCGUUUAUCAAUGCGACAUCAGCAGUCUUCGUCAAAUCGAAGAGACUAUUGCAUCUUGCGCUUCUAUUUUCCCUCCAAUCCGCGGCGUUAUCCAAUGUGCGAUGAACCUUCACGACUCCACAUUCGAAAACACGACCGCCGAAAACUGGCAAGCCGUUAUAGCGCCCCAAGUUCAGGGAAGCUGGAACUUGCACUCCUGCCUUCCGCAUGACAUGGCAUUCUUCAUCAUGCUCGCCUCUUUCGUAGGCAUCACCGGCAACUGCGGCCAAGCCAAUUAUGCCGCCGCCAACGCCUAUCAAGACGCGCUUGCACUCCAUCGCCGAGCAAGAGGUCAAGCAGCGACGUCAAUCGAUCUAGGCUGA